GAUGGUAAGGAUGUAAGAAUUGUGGACUAUUUUGAUGUGAUUGCAGGAAAAAGCACUGGCGGUCUUGUGAUUGUCAUGUUUACUGCUCCAAACGAAAAUAAUUGUCCGGUGUUUGCAGCUAAAGAUAUUAAAGACUUUUACUUCGACAAUUGCCCCAAAAUAUUGCCACAAACAAACAACUCUCUAUUUUCUCAAACUAGAAAGGCAAUCAAAGCCCUAUCAAGACCAAAAUAUGAUAGGAAGUAUCUCCGUGAAGUAGUUAAGGAAGAUCUUGGGGAGACAAAACUACAUCAGACAUUGACUAAUAUUGCAAUUCCAACUUUCGACAUUAAGACCCCCCAACCAACCAUUUUUUCCACCUAUGAGGUGAACUAUAAGCCAACCUUGGAUGCCUUACUCUCAGAUAUAUGCAUUGCAACCUCAGCAGCGCCAACUUAUCUUUCAGCCCAUUCUUUCAAAAUCAAAGACCCCACUGGAACUGUGAGAGAAUUUAACCUAAUUGAUGGCGGCGUGGUAGCAAACAAUCUGCUAUUCCAGUUUUGA